AUGAUCAGUCGAGAAAUUAUUAGCGAAAUGACGUGCAUGCUAAAAAAAAUUGACCGGUCAUGGAACAGAAUCUUCGCGAACUGUAGUAAAGGUAUAUCAAAAAUCAUCAAAGACAAUCAUGAUGCAUAUCUGGCAUCCUACAUAUUUAUGGACGAAAUGACAGGGACGUGUAAUGAUACUGUUGUAUUACUGAAAACCAUGAUUGAAGAAAAAAAUAAGACAUUACCCGAUAAAAAAUUAGACAUCAAUUCUAUAGAAAAUUUUACAGAUUGCAUGAAGACUCUAUUGACAAAUCUAAUUUUAAAGGAAGUAACCGUUGUAAAUGUAGAUGGGAGUUUUCCGGUGGCGCAAAGCAAUAGCAUCGAGGAUGCAUAUCCAGCUAGAAAAUCAAGAUACCCAGAUGAAUACUGCCAUAAAAGUUCCAGCACACAUGUAAAAGAAAAUACUGAUAGGAAGGCAAUUUUAUCUGUAAAUUGCAAAAUGUCAUUGGAGGCAAUUUCUAGUUCUUUUUUAUUUGGGUUUAUUCUAAAUCUUUGCACAUUUGUUGAUUAUAAUGUGACCAAGUAUUACAUUAGUUUUUAUAAAAAGAGAAACUUAAUUAAUCUCUCAGAUGCUUUGGGGAAUAUGAUGGACAUAAUUAAUAAGUUGCACUCAACUCAUAACAAAUUUUACCAGCAGACGGAAAGAGCAACCAAGAAGAUAAAAAAAAGUAUAGCAUUAUGCGAAAAGAUGUCAAGACAAUCUUCCAAGAGGCACAAUACCAAAAAAAGUUAUCAUGUUAGAGUACAAAGUAUGGCCACUGAUAUGACACAAGAUAUCCAAGAAUAUAUAUCGAUUUUUGAAAGGCUCCAUAUUCAAAUAAGCAAGAGUAGGCAUACAUUGAAGGAGCAUAUUCUUAUGAAUAAUCCCCGAGCAUUUAUUAAGCAUAAUAAAUAA